AUGAGUGCUCUUUGGGAUCAAUUGUCACCGCAAGUGGUCUCGCAAUACGAGACAGUGAUAGGACUGGAAGUGCACUCACAGAUCAGUUCUUCGGCCAAACUGUUCUCGUCUUCGGGAACGCAAUACCAGAGUUCGCCCAACACUCAGGUGUCUGUCUUCGACGGAUCACUUCCCGGGACACUACCCGUCCUCAACCGUCGGUGUCUCGAGUCGGCCAUUAAGACGGCUCUCGCCCUCAACUGUCACGUGUGGAAGCGCUCGCUCUUUGACCGGAAGCACUACUUCUACGCCGAUAUGCCGGCCGGCUAUCAGAUCACUCAACAGCGGCACCCGUUGGCCACCGAUGGCUACAUCGACUUCAUUGUGUCCGCCGGUCAACAGUCGGCCGCAUAUAUGAAACGAUCGAAACUAAAACAAAUACAAUUAGAACAGGACUCAGGAAAGUCACUCCAAGACAUCACCAACAAUAGGUCACUCGUGGACCUGAAUCGGGCCGGCAUUGGACUCAUGGAGUUUGUGUUUGAGCCCGACCUGAGCAGCGCUGCGGAAGCGGUGUCUCUAAUAAAAGAGUUGAUCCUAAUAUUGAAGACAUUGAGGACGUGUACGUGUAAAAUGGAAGAGGGAGUGCUUCGGGUCGACGCCAACAUAUCUGUGCGCAAAGCGGAUGAGCCGCUCGGCGUCCGAACGGAAGUGAAAAACUUAAACUCAUUUCGUUUCCUCCAAUCGGCGAUUGAGUACGAAAUGCAACGACAGAUAUGUGUGAUUGAAAGCGGCGGUCAUGUCGUGAAUGAGACGCGAAUGUAUGACAUGAAACUCAAACAGACGGUCGCCAUGAGAGACAAAGAGGUGGUUCAGGACUACCGGUUUAUGCCCGAACCCAAUCUGCCCCCCAUUCUGCUCAGGGAUGACAACGACUCUACCAUUGAUUUAAUCAAUAUUUCAGACUUCGAGCGAGAGGUUAGUGGCAAACAAUUGCCAAAUCAAUUGAGAGACCAUUUGUUGACUACUUAUGGAUUAAAUUUGGAUCAAAUUUUUCAAUUAAUGAAUGAGAAGGGAAUGACAGAUGUUUUCAUUCAAAUCGCUAAUUAUAGUCAAACCAAACAAUUUGAUACAAUCUUUACUUUUAUGAAUACUGAACUCAAAACUCAAUUACAAGAAUUGAAACAAAAUUUUGAGUCGUGUUCAGUAGAUCUCAAAACUGUUGCCCAAAUCAUCGAUUCGCUAAUCAAUGAACAAAUUUCAUCGAGAAUUGCGAACCAAUUAUUGAGUCUUUAUUUUCAAAACGAGAAGAGAUCUCCCGAUCGAGUGAUUGAUGAAAAUGAUUGGAAAAUAAUUACGAAUCCAGAUAUCAUUGAAAAGUCAUGUUUGUCUACCAUUGAGUCGAUCCCAAAGAUUGCCCGAAAAUAUGCCAAAUCUGGAGUAAGAAAACGUCAAUCACUGCUCAUCGAGAAUGUGAUGACAUUAUUGAACAAUAGAGUCAAUGAAAGCGAUGUUUGGCUUCAAUACGACCGACUCCUCCGAAAAGAUAUCAAAAUAGCAAAUAAUAGUUAA